AUGUCCCAACAAUACGUCCAUCUGGUGGCCAUCGCCACAGUCAAAGAGGGCCAACUUGAGAAGCUCCUAGAGGAAGUCAAGAAAAUCACUGAAGUCGUUCACAACACCGAGCCGGAUAUUUUGCGGUAUUACUGCAUCCAAACCAAGAACGCAAAGGGCCUAGACCAGAUCAUCUUUGUGGAGAAAUAUACGACAGAGGAGGCUUUCAAGGCUCACACAGCUUCGGCCCAUUUCCAGGCCUUUGCGGGAAAAUUUUCAGAAUUUCUAGCUGAACCGUUGGAUAUCAAGGUGGGCUCCUUUAUUGCAGGCCAUGAGGUUAGGGCUAGUUUGUGA